AUGGGAGACUUAAAAACCAUACUAAAAAGUCCACUUUAGCCUAAUGAAUCAAGACAUAAUGAUGUACAUCAAAAGACAGUUAAAUUGAAUAAUUAUGAGAAUAUUUGUUUUUUGGAACAGAAAAGUGAGAAAAUGUAGUAGAUCUAAAUUAUGUAUAAAAUUAACUUUAGUUUAGGAAUGAACCUAAUCAGUAAUUAAAUUAUCGAAUUCACUAACUAAGCAUUAGAAGAAUUUCAUCACCAAAUCUACAUCAAUUAAAACUUGAUAUCAAUUUACAAACUAAAUCUUCCUUGAGUUUAAAAACUACUUAAUUAUAAACUCCUGUUCCUGUCUCGUUCAAAUAAUACGAUAUAGUGACCCAACUAUUGGGAAGCUUGAAGAAUUAAUAAAGAAAUUAAGGAAAUUAUUUAACAAAACGAUGA